AUGAUCUGGGCCGUCUUCUUGCUGUCAUCCGCACUUUCGACGUCCAGCUGUUCAGGGUUCGCUGCGUGGGCGCAGCCGCGCCAGCUCGUCAGCAGCGCCGUGUGCAAGACGUUCCCCGGGCUGAGCAGGCAGCAGCUGGGCAUGUGCCGGCGACACCCGGACGUGGUCGUGGCCGCCGUGGAGGGCCUGCAGCUGGCGGUGGGCGAGUGCCGGCACCAGUUCCGCCGCCACCGCUGGAACUGCUCGGCGCUGAGUCGGCGCAGCGGCAACCCGCUGGCCAGCGCCUUCCUGCGGACGGGCUUCAGGGAGGCGGCCUUCGCGCGCGCCAUCUCGGCGGCGGGCGUGGCGCACAGCGUGGCGCGCGCAUGCAGCGCCGGCCGCCUGGCCGCCUGCGGCUGCGGCGACCGCCUCCGCCGCGCCGGGGGCGGCUGGAAGUGGGGCGGCUGCUCGCACAACCUCGAGUACGGCAUGCGCGUGGCGCGCCGCUUCCUGGACUCGCGCGAGCCCCGCGAGGGAGACAUUCAGUCGCGCGUCAACCUGCACAACAACCACGCCGGCCGCCUGGCGGUGGCGACCGGCAUGCAGGCGCGCUGCAAGUGCCACGGCAUGUCGGGCAGCUGCGAGCUGAAGACGUGCUGGAAGGCGGCGCCCGACUUCCGCGCCGUGGGCGACGCGCUGAGGCAGCGCUACCUGUCCGCCGUGCUGGUGGACCAGUCCAACCUGGGCAGCGGCUCGCCCCUGCUGCUGGGAGGCCGGCGACAGCGUGACCGGAGGCCGCGCAAGAGGCCGCACCAGCGGCGCAGGUUCCGCCCCGGCCGCCGGAGGGACCUGGCGCUCAGCCUCCUGUACUACGAGCGCUCGCCCAACUACUGCGAGCGCGACCCCGCAGUCGACUUCGCCGGCACGGCGGGGCGCACCUGCAACCGCACCGGCGCCUCGUCCGACGGCUGCGCGUCGCUGUGCUGCGGCCGGGGGUACAACGUGGCGCGCGAGCGGCGCGUCGAGCGCUGCCAGUGCCGCUUCCAGUGGUGCUGCACGGUCGCCUGCCAGAACUGUACCGUCGAAGAGUGGAUCACUGUCUGCAAGUAG